AGUAGCAGAGACACAGAUAUGGACACCUUCGGGCCUUAUCGUCAGGACCAUCACAGUCUGAAGGGACCAUGAAGACAUAACACAGGCGACUGAAGCUCCAAGCCAGACACACUCCGGACUCCGGAGAGCACAGCGGGACAACAUCAUGACCAGCUGCUGGCUUGCCUUGAUCGGAUUGUGGUGGAGCGCUUAUUACUGCAUGUUCCCGGUCGCAGGGAGUAAUUAUUCACUGGAUGGGAACAACGAGGUGCACCCGGGUUUCAUCCACCGGCGGCUGCGGACGCACGAGAAGAGGGAGAUGCAGAAGGAGAUCCUGUCCAUCCUCGGGCUUCCUCACAGGCCGAGACCGCAUCUGUCACACGGAAAGUACAACUCCGCUCCACUUUUCAUGUUGGACUUAUACAACACCAUAUCUAGCGAGGAGAAAAGCCAAGUGGAAGGCAUGCUGGACCGAUAUCAGUCCAUGCGGACGACCCAGAGCCCUCCUCUGGCCACAUAUCAAGAAACCGCCUUUCUAAAUGAUGCAGAUAUGGUGAUGAGUUUCGUUAAUUUAGUGGAGUACGACAGAGAGCUCUCUCCGCAGCGGCGUCACCACAAGGAGUUUAAGUUCAACCUCUCACAGAUCCCCGAGGGUGAAGCUAUCACCGCAGCCGAGUUCCGACUCUACAAGGAGUGUGUGAGCCGCGCCUUCCGCAAUGACACCUUCCUCCUCAAAGUCUACCAGGUGGUCAAGGAGCACCCUGACAGAGAGGCAGAUCUGUUCCUGCUAGAGUCUCGCAGGCUUUGGGCUGCUGAGGAGGGCUGGUUGGAGUUUGACAUCACCGCCACCAGCAACCUGUGGGUGAUGAGCCCGGUGCACAACCUGGGCCUGCAGGUCAGCGUGGAGACCAGCAGUGGGCAGAGCAUCAGCUCCAAAGAGGCAGGGCUCGUUGGACGUGACGGCGCGCUGGAGAAGCAGCCCUUCAUGGUGGCGUUCUUUAAGGUCAGCGAAGUGCACAUCCGCACCGCCCGCUCCACUGGCGGCAAACGUCGCCAGCAGAACCGCAACCGAUCCACCCAACCACAGGAUGGAUCCAGAGGGCCCAGCCCAGCAGAUUACAACAGCAGCGACCAGAAGACAGCUUGCAGAAGACACGAACUCUACGUCAGCUUCCGAGAGCUGGGCUGGCAGGACUGGAUCAUUGCUCCUGAAGGCUACGCGGCCAACUACUGUGACGGAGAGUGCUCCUUUCCCCUCAACGCCCACAUGAACGCCACCAACCACGCCAUUGUACAGACACUGGUGCACCUGAUGAACCCCGAGAACGUGCCCAAGCCAUGCUGCGCCCCCACCAAGCUCCACGCCAUUUCAGUGCUCUACUUUGACGACAACUCCAACGUCAUAUUAAAGAAAUACAAGAACAUGGUGGUGCGCGCCUGCGGCUGCCACUGACAUCAAGGGCCUUUAGUGCUUUCAUUUAAAGUUGGGUUGGUAAAGGGCUGCGAAUCCAAGGUGAGGCUGACCUCAACUAGAAACCGGUCUCCCGCCCAAAUCCUCAGCCUGCGAGCCUGCACGUCCACCUUAAAAGAUCAUUUACAAUGUUUGAUUUCAAUAAUCUCGGACGAAAUUCGAGCAACGCAUCUGCCCACGUGAACGUUUGUCUUUGAAAGUUAAAAAAAAAAACAAAAGGAUUUGAACUAAGGGGACCGUUGCAAAAAGGCAACUUCACCCUACUCCAGCGUUGAGCCACCAAGUUGUCUAUCACCUUCUCUAUCGGUUAUGGAGAGGACUUUUCACUUCAUGGGUCUGCAAGUGAGUGAAUGACUGUGUGUGUGUGGGGAGGAGGGAGUGUUUAAGUUUGUAUAUUAUGUGUUUAUGGAAGUGUGUGUAUGAGCGCCAAUGAGGCUACUGCACCUUCUCCCUCACUGUGAGGGCGAGGGCAAAACUGAACUGUCGUGGGACCAGUCAGAGUGCUGCUUUCUUUCCCUUCUCCUCUCCGACGAAAACAAAAAAAAAAAAACACGGUGGAUCAGUUCUCAGAAGAAGCUUGCGUAAUUAUUGAUGAACAAUUUCUCUACAGCGCAUGACCCUGGGGAGUUGACUCAUUAUAACAGCACAGAAAAACCAACUGUACUCAGUGAAAUACGCAUAUACAUGAGUCAAAUCAGUAAAAAAAAAAUGUGAUUGGAGUAAGUAGAUUCAUAUGUCCUUCCUCUUCCCUAAUGUAUUUUCUUCUCAAGCCAUAUUUGCCUUCCUAAAAUAUAAUAUGGACUGAACCAAAGUGACCGCAGGCUAUUUUAGCAGUGCACUGCUCCAAAUAUCCCCUCAGUGUCAAUAUUUGCUGGGCUCACGCUGAGCUGCGAUUCACCAGCCUGGUUCAGCAUGAUGCAUGUUGUGGCUAAACUGAUGUUUUUCUCCAAAGAACCGAAGAAUACAGCCUUAUCCCUCCGACAUACCGCAAAUGGCCAUUUCCAUGUUGCUGCACUCACAAAGUUAACAAACGCUUCCACCCCUGACAACCCAUCAAGAGAUUGUGGAAAAACAUUUAGCGAGUCAAAAACAGCCGGCAGGACGGUUUCUGUGCCAGCUGUCUGAAAUUAGCCUUUUUGCUUUUUCAACCCUGAGGGUAAACUUGUGUUGAGAUUUGUGUCCGGUGGCAACGUCUUUCCAAUUGAACAUGUUACUGUGAGCCUCGAGUUCAGUGUCUUUGAAUGACGUGGAGUCUUUUAGAGAACAUAUUUUAAUGAGAAACUAAUACCAAUAAGAAUCUAAAUACCUUAUGUGCCUAACCAAUCAUAAAUUACAAAAUAUACCUCUGGUAAGCUGCUGUUUACAUUUGUGAUCAUGUUUAGACUGUUUUUUUUGUAAAUACUUGUACAUUCUCAGCUUAUUUAUUGCACCUUUUAUUAAAAAGAAAAAUCACAUACCUUAUUAAGAGACAGAUGCAAGAACAAAAUGAAAGUACAAACUUAUUUUUGAAAAAUUUUUUAUUAUGAAAUCUCAUGUUACAACUUGCCAUUAUUCACUCUUUUUUUUGUACAAAAUUCAUGGGUAGCGCACAACCCAUGACUCACAAGGAAAAAAAAAAAAAAAAAAAAAAAAAACUUCUGUCACUGGAGUUCCUUAGACCAUGUGCUAUCCAUAAAAACUUUUACUGACAAAAAGCUGCUUUGUGUGUGAUUGUGUACCUGGGUUAGACAAUAAAUGGUGCCCUGCACCGUGCUGCAAAUACUUUUCACAUGACCUGGGUCAAAGAGCAUUUGCAUUGUAAGGGGUAUGGCCUGACAGGUGGGUGAAGUUUACUACAACAUGAUUAAUCACAGAAAUGUACACUGAAAAGACUUAUUAGCAUGAAUGUAAAUGCUAUUAGACCCAGUUAUGAGUGCAGAUUAUUUCUUGGCCUUUUGACUGUUUAAUUUCCAAACACCAAUUAAUCUUCUGUGCAUGUUGCGUUUGUGUGUUGAUGGUUAUGAUACAGUAUAUGGGAGACUUUUACAGUAAAAACAGGAAAUUAAAACCAGACAAAUAUUGAUGUAUUUUGGUUGCAUUUUUGUAACUUUCUAGAUCAUUUUAGUGUCUGGUGAGAUAUAUAGACCAGCAGCGGGAGGAUGAAAGACACCAGAUGCAGCAGAUUCAAUUCAAAGUAAGAAUAGAUGAUAGUCAGAAAGGUGAUAUUAAUGCUAGCGAGCCCAUGUUAACCUGAGCUACAGUGAAGUUUCCUGUCAGUUUCAAUCUCAUGUAUUAACACAAAGAUUUCUAAGGAGGUUUCCUUCAAAAACACAACACUGUUUGUUUUACUCCCCCAAUACUGGCUCCAACUGCCCUCUUCUCUUCCACCUACAGGUUCCCAAAUCCUUUAAACACGGACCUGGCCUGAGAAAUAUAGCACAAAACCUUUACAUUCACAUUUUUUUUUUUUGUAUUACAUUUGAUGAGAUCAUGAAAGUACAGUUUUACGGAAACACCAGGCUGCAGCUCUUUCACAUGAAACUAAUGUUCAGUAAUGGAAAUAUGGGGGCAACAUGGUCCAGGCCUGAGACCCUGAACGCUAGGAGGAGUAGAGAUAGAUGGCUGACUGAGAUCACAAGAGUCUUGGUUCCUUUUUCACAUUUCUGAGGUGUUACGUUUACCAACUCUAUUUAUCUUUCGUAAGAAAUUCAUCUGGUUAUUUCCAAAACAGCUAAACUCCUCUUGAGAGAGAAAAAACAAAGUCAUGUCUCUGUGCCACGUCAGCCUCCGUCACAACUCCUUCUGGCCUGCGUGGGCGUUUCCCUGAGAGUUAAGUCAGAUAGGCCAUCACUGGCAUGGAUAGAAAGUCCCCUCAACUUAACACUCAACUUCACAUUAGUGUGAUGCAACCUUUACAACUUUUGGAGUGACAGUACCGUAACAUUAAUGGCUUAUGAUUUAACAACAGAUCCCAUGUAUAAAAUUGAGCAUUUUUAAAAAAGUGGCUACAGAGAUUAGGUCAGAGACUACUGAUUUUUUUUUUUUUUAAACAGGCA